CGACUAGUUAAUAAUAUAUUGUCUACUCUAUCACUAUGAGCGUCCCUGAAGAAUACAAGACUCUGGAUACUUCCUUUAAGGAAUGCACUGCCAGUUUCAAACAGGUUAUGACGUCCCCCUCUUCCGUUCGCUGCGCUGAAGGGUCGCUGCUACGUGAUUCGAGCAAUUUUUAUGCCUGGUCGCAACACAUCCUCAUGAUGGCCAGAGAUUUUGAUUAUGGUGAUCUCCUGGCCGCCUACCUUAAGGACGGACGCACCGCUAUCAUCUUCUACUUCGGCGUGACGGACCCCAACGCCCACGCCGUCCUGGCUUUGCUGCCCUCGUUCACUCAGCUGGACGAACCUCACCGCGGUGCCUACAAAUUCAUGCGCGCUGGGCAUGGUCUUGCCCUCACCAAGGAUAUCCCGCCGUUCUUUGCCUCUCUCUGGUUUGCCAAGGGCUCCUUGCACAAUCGCACUCAAAAGGAUCUCACAUCCUUCAUUCAACAAUUGCGUCAGUCGAUUCUCUCUCGUCCCAUCGAAGAAGCGACUUCUCUGCUUUAUCUCGCGAACCUCCCGCCUGCCGUCUACGCCCGUCUUCGCCUCCAUCCGGAAUUCGACACCAGUCGCACCAUCUCCGCCCUCGACAAGCUUGUCUCGCUUACCUGGCGAGAGACCUUGGGCUCUGCUCACUCCGGUACUGACCGCUCUCUCAAUUCCGGCUCUUCCGGCCCUAUCGCGGCUGCGGCUUUCCGUCGUCCGGCCACCUCCGGUGGCCCGACAAACAACAAUCACCAGUCCAACAAUCGCUGCUCUCAUUGCCAGCGCCAAGGUCAUGUUAUCUCUGCCUGUCGUCAGCGUGCAUGGGACCUUGUUCAAAAGUUGGGUGGUUAUGAUGCGGUUGUUAAGCUUUCUGCACAAGCUAAACCCGCUAUUGCUUUGAGUGUUACUUCUCGUGAUGAUAAUGGAACUAUUCUUGACUGCUACCUGGACUCUGCUUCAACUCACCACGUGUUGCAAAUUGUCUUUGCCAGUGGAAGUUCCAGACAUAUUGAAGUUGUCAGAGUUAUCCAUUGA